AUGACAUCCUCUUCAAAGACUGAUUAAAUUUACCUGAUGACUCUUUUCAAGGAAAUCAAGACUUCCAUCUUUAAGUAAGGGAUAAUUUAAUGAUAGAGUGUUUUGCUUGAUUUUAAAAGAGCAAGAAUAAACAUUUACUUAAACUGUGUUGUUGUCAACAAUUUAGUUGCUCUAAUUGCUUUAUAUACCUUUUGCUCUUAAAGUGAAUUACAUUUGGAAAAAUAAUUAGGUAACUGAUGUAAUCAAUAAAAUAUUGAGGUAAAGAAAUGUUAUAUAUUUGAGUUAUUUUGAAAUUUUGUUGCAUGUCAAAGAUCAAGGUUUUUCAGUAUUUUUAUAUCUGUUUUAUUCAUUUUCUGGAUUGAUUGUUCUGAUUAUGUUGGGAUUAACUCUAUUAGUGAAUCAGUAAAACAGGAAGAAUAGUACAAAUUGGAUAGUGUUGGUUGUUCGCAUAAGUAUAAAAUUAAUGAUUACAAUCUUAUUUUUUCCUAUAAAUUAAAUCUUCUUUGGAGUAUUUAUUAUUACCCUAAUUUCAUAGUUACUAGCAUGUACAAACAAUUCGAAUGGAGUAAGUGUAUUGGUCUAUGAAACUGAUGUGGAGUGUUGGUCAAAUGAGCACACAAUCCAUGGAGUGUUAUCAAUCUUUAUUAUAUUUUUGUUCUAGAUUCAAAUCAACACCUUUACCCUAUUCUUGUUUGAGGCCAAGAAGUCAAAUACUGAUGUAUUCGCAUAAAGAUCUGGUAGAUAGUUUUCUUUAUUCCACAUUUACAUUACAUUGUCUACUAUGGUAUAUCAAUUAGUAGAAACCCCUACCUAUAGUAUCAUCAUAACGCUGACGAUGUUUGUUUUGAGUCUCCACUUUUUUUAUCAAAUAAAGUAUUCUGCCCCCUUCUACAAUCAAUAUGUGCAGAAAUUAUGGAAUGUGAUAACCGCAAUUAAUUGUUGGACCACUAUUAUGAUCAACUUUGCCUUUUUCUUGGAAGGACCCUACUUUUAGAAUUCCCUUCUAGGUUAUGCCUUGGGAAUACCAAUACUCAUAGGAAUUAUAUUUAAAUAGUAGGAUUAGGAAAUAGAUCUUUUAUUUUCGAAUCUCAAUUAAGCCAAAUAGCCUAAUGAACUGAUAUCCUUAUGUGGGUAUCUUCUGACAUUGAAUGAGAAAUCAAUCAAGGAUCAACAUUCUUAAUUGUUAUUGGAUGCAUUCCUAGAAAUACAUGAGUAGACAUGUCCAAGAUUAGAUUGCAUAAUGAAGAACAAGUAGUUAUUACGAUAAAUCUAAAAUAAACACUAAAAUCGACAAAUAGAAAACAAAAUUAUCAUAAAUGAAUUGAUAAUCUAAAUGCUUACAUUUGGCAUAAAGAUGUAGCCUCUAAAUAUAGAUCUCCGUCUAUAUUACUCCUUUUUUUUGAUUGAUGAGAUUAAGUCUCCCUAAUUGGCAUUCAUUGAAUUAUCUCAAGCAGAAAAUAACUCAAUACCAAUAGAUCAGUAAUUCAUCAUUUAUAGAUACAAGAAACUGAUUGAAGAUGUGUAAGUUGAAAAUGAUGUCACUAAAUUAGAGACCAACAACUUUAUCAAUAAUUAGAAUAUCUAGAUUUCCCUAAAUUAAAAGUUAGAGGCCUAAUGUAUUUUGCAAUUGGAAUUUCUGGCUGCUUUGGAAGACGAGAAGCCAGAUCUUGCCAAAAUAGACAGUGUUGGAUUUAAAAUAUUGAGGUUAAAGAAAUUCAUUGAUAAAGAAUGGCAGAAGGUACAGUAGUAGAAUGUAUAUUCUCCAUCCUUAUACAAAAUAAUGAGCAAGUACUUCUUCUUUGUCCUCAGUGAUGAACAUGAAGGCAAUACGACAUUGAUGAUGUAAGACAAAUUCAUUAAACUCUAAAUAAAUGAUCUAAUUAAUUUAGAAUAGGCAUCUAUUGAAUCCUCUCCAAUCAUUAUUUUAAAUACUGAAUAAAAUAAUUUUGGGAUUAUCAAGGAUGUGAAUAUAGCAUCUUGUAGCUUCUUAGGAUUUUCAAAAAGUGAUCUCAUUGAGAGAAAAUUGUCAGUCAUUCAACCAUAAAUGUAUUGAUUUCAUUAAUUUUAGUUAUAUCAAUUUUCAUGAUCAAUUGAUUGAUAAUUAUUUAAAACGUGUCACUGAAAUCCAAAAAUCAAAGGUUGAAAAAGUCAUUUUCAUUAAGAAUAAGUAGGGAUACAUUUAGUAAUGUUCCUUAUAAAUAAAACAAUUAAUGACUCAGAAUUAAGAGGUAUUCUUAAUAGGGAAAAUAGGAGUAGAAUUAGUCUAUAAGCCAAUUUGUUAUUUGAUUUGCAAUACUGAUGGAAUCAUUAAGGAAAUAAAUUGUGCUUGCAUAAAGCUAUUACGUUUAGAUGUUUAGAUGAUUAAAGCAAGCAAUAAAAAUAUUAAAGAUCUUUUUCCUGAUAUCAUGAGCAGAAUACCUGAAAUAUUAGGUAAAAAGAAUUCCAUCAUCUCAUUUAAUAUAAAUGCAAGUUAAUUAAAUCCUCAAAGAUCAUCAUCCAUUAAAUCAUCAGGAAUGGAUAGUACUCUUUUGGAUGAUUGUGUCAUGGAUGAAUCUCUUAAAUUGUAAUGCUAAAUCUCAGAGAUCUCUAUUGAUCUACCAAAUGCUGGGUUAAUUGGUUAUGUUUUUAAAUUCGAGAAAAUUGCCACCCCAUAAUUAUCCACUAUUCACAAUACUAUGGUGGACAAUUUUUAUAAAUUUAAUUUUAAAUUUAAUUCAUAACUAGAUACCUAUUUAGGAUCUUACUAGAAUUAUAUGUAAACCUUGCAUAAAAUCAGCUAUGACACUAGUUCAAUAGUUUCAUCGCAAGAAGAUUAACAAUAAAGAUAAGUUAAUCGAAAGUAAACAAAAAAGUCAACCAGUAUAAGUAAUGGAAUCAAAACUGUUAGAUUGAUCAAUGGUAUGCUCAUUGAUGUUGAAGGACUUUCAGAAGAGGAGAUCUCUGAAGGUGAAUAAAACGAAUUGGAAAGUAUUAAAUAAGAAACCAAAGAUUCCGAUAGUAUAAUAUAAUCAGAUUAUAUCUUUUUGAAGACUAAAUCUUCAUUGAUAUCCAUGAUUAAGAGUUCUAUUAUACCAUCAUUUCUAAAUUCCUUAAGGUAUAUCAUAUCUAUAUUGAUUGUUGGUCUACUAACACUUGGUUAUUUGCAAUUCUUUUUUGAUCUAAAUUAUCAAAACGAAAUUAAAAAUGGAUUAGACCUUUUUUAUUUAAGUAAUCAAAGAUUAUCUAAAAUUCUUGUUGUACAAUCUUACGUGUAAGAACUAAAGUUUAUGAAUUUAAACUAUGAGAACGUAUUAUCAAAUUAUAAUUUUGAUGAGUUGAAAGAUUCAAACAUAAAGACCUUAAAUGAGAUAAAAGAUUUAUAGUCGAAAUUAAGCUAAGCUAAUUUCAAUUUAGCCUCUAAAUACAGCUCUUACUAAAAAGAAUACGAAGACUCUUCAAUAGAAAUGACUUAAUCAAACGUAGUUAUCAAUUAUACUUUUAAUGAAGCAAUCGAGUAAACCUUAGUCAAGGCUCUUUCAUUGUCUUCAUAGGACCUUUCCUCAUUCACAGACGAUAAUAUUGAUCUCAAUUACUUUGAAACCAAUUCAUACAAUUCAAUAGUGUAUCACAAUUAUGUAGCUUAAUUCUACUUUUACUAUUACAUGGUUACAGUGUUGGAAGAGAAAUCAUAAAACGUGUAAAUAAUCCUCAUUUUAGUUACCCUCAUUUUAUUUAUUAUGUAAUAAAUAUAACACCUAAUAAAUUUAGUUAUGUUGCCUGUUCGAUUCUGAUACUGAAAAUAAAGAAUCUUAGAGAUAAUAUCCUAGUUCUAUUAUUAUAGGUGUAAGAGUAAUAAAUUAUUACUUUGAAGAAAAACUACGAAUACUUUUUAUAACUCAUUUAAAGUAAAGAAGACGAAGAAGUAUACAUUUAAUUUUUAAUGAUAAUAGAAUUUAGAUUAUGAAGAGGAAUUGAGAAAACCAGUCUAAUAUCAAGAAGAGGGUGCUUAGGAUUCUUUGAAAACUAAUGAUAAUGACGAGGCUUAAUUUCUGAUUAAAAAGAAGAGGAAAAAGUUUGAGAAUAGUCAUACUAUUUUAAGGAACAUUCUAGUUUCCAUAAUAUUUAUUAUUUCAAUAUUUUAGGCAUACUUCAUAUAUCUGAUAAUUGACAACAAUGUAUGAAUUUGUAAUUAUCAAAGGAUCUUGACUCAAGGUAUAAUGCUAUCUUGCCUGUUUUGAAUUUGACUUCAAUUAUAGAAUCGUAUUUAAGAUUUGGGGAUAAUUCUUUUAAAUAGAGAUAUGUCGACAACAAUUUUGUUAUUAAUUUUGGUAAUUUUGACACUCAAUAAUAUGUUUAACUGUUAAAGAGCAUGAUAUCAGACAUUCACAAAUAGCAUUCUGAAAACUCAAAUGUGUUGGAUAUUGGUUAUAUUGGUGUAUUUGAGCAAAUAUUCAUAUUAAACCCCUGUAGUUUGAUUAAGGAUAUUGAUUCAAGUGUGUCAUAGUCAGAAUGUGAGAGUUUUAAUGAUGGAAUCAUCGGUUAAGGGUUGUCAAUGGCAACCAUAAAAUAUAUCAAAUAUUUGGAACAGGCACUGAAGAAUCCAGUGUAUUUUACAAAUAUUAGGAAGACUUAAUUAACUUAUUUUAGAGAUUCUUUCUAAUACUUAGGAGAUAAAUUAAUUGAAUCAAUAUCUAACGAUUUUUCAGUGAACCAAUUGACCAAAGUCUCCUUGUUCACGGUGUUCAAUUUGUUAAUGCUAUUUGUGUAUUUUUUUAUUUGGAUACCUUUGGUAAGGAAUUUAAUCCAAUCAAUAAUAAAGACUCGAUUGCUAUUUUCAUUGAUCCCCAAUAAUGAUCUGCUUAAGUAAGGAAUUUAAACUAUGUAGAAUAAAAGCCGUCAUGCAAUAUUUAUUAUAAAUAAGAAAUCCUAUGUGA